AUGCUGUUUCCUCUCAACAAAGAUGGCGAAGAGAAAAAUGUCGGAAUUUUCGAAUUAUACAACAGACAGCAGAGACAAAAGAAGCAUAGAUUGACAAAAUACUCAUCAGAAACAAAUGUCACUCGUGAGAAAAGUCGCCAUAUCGAUCUGAAAGACUCAAAACUCGCGAUUUCUUUCAUCGGAGCAAAUGAAUUUUUGCAUCCUCAGAAUUUUGGAUUGAUGUCGCCUUUUGUAUCAACAUCAACUUCAAAUUCUGGUGAGACAAGUGAAAAUUCAGACUCUUUCACAGACAGUUCUUUGAUUUGCAACAACAAAUGCGUUGCAACAGAAUCACUUGAUAAUUUAGAAAUCGUUUCCGCUGCAACAAAAAUUGCAAAGUUUGAGAAAAAGUAUUUUUUGGCAAAUUUAUUACCGAUUGUAGUUCUUCCAUGGAUUGCAACAUUUGUCAUCAUUGCAUACGCUCGUGUAAUAACAAAGUUCUCCCAUGAAGUAAAUAUCGAACGAUUGAAUGCGAUAAAUAUGAAAUUUGCCAAAGUUCAAAGAAUCAUUCGAAAAGUGAACAAAUCUUUGUACGAAAUCGAGAAUCCUUGGGACGGAGAAAACAAACCAAUGAAUAUUACUUUGUCAGAAUUUGGUUUCAAUGAAAUAGUUACGUACAAAAAUCUUCCUCAUGCACUGAAUAUUUUUAUCAAACUUAAUUCAGAAAUCAUGGAAGAUAUCGAUCAGAUAUCAUUGUUACCAAUGAAUGGAUCGAUUGCAUUCACCGUUUAUUCCAUAGUCUUCUUCAUCUUAAUGAGUUAUGGCGUUUGGAAGAUAGAUAUUAAAUGUUCUGUCGGUUUUGAUUCUCUGUUUCAUUUUCCGAUCGGUUUUGUCGAAGAAAUGAACAAACCACCAGAUUUAGGGCCUCCUCUGAGACUUGCAGGAAACGUUUUGGAGCUGAAUAUCAAUAUAUACACUGGAUUCAUCAAUUAUGUCUCUUCCAAUUCCCCGCAAAUCAUUGGUUUGGAACCAAUCGAUAUAAUUGGUCGAAAAUACGACGAAGUAUUCGUGAAAGACAACAAUGAAAAUAGAAUAUUCACGUAUCCGCAAACGAGGAAAACAAAGAAGUUUAUUGAAUGCAGAUACAACAAAAAGCAUGUGACUUAUAUUGCUUUGUACGAUCGAAAUAAUGAUUCACAGAGCUUUGAAAAUCUCUUGAAAUCAAUGGUUUACUAUGUUCCAUCAAAGAUAUCGAAGAACUUUGUUGAUGGAGGUGUAAGCCAUUACCAGAUGAAAAAGUGUUUCAUUAUUUUAGUCCAUUUCGAUAAUGAAUUCUGCAAUUCUCAAACUGAUCAUGUUUUCUCUCAUUUAUUCAACUGUUUGCAAUGUUUCUCAACUGUAAAUAUAUUGCGCGUUGAAGGAUCUUGCAUAUACUUCAUAGUAGAUGGUAAUGAAGCAUCAGUUCCUUUGUUGUUCAUAAGAGAUGUCAUUUUUGGAUUCAAGGUAUCAAAUAAAUCUCAAAAAAAUGACCUCGAAAAAAUGUUUUUGUCUAUUGUAAUUACAAAAUCAGAUUUUGUCGCAGAUAUCAAUUAUAGCUGUGAACCUUAUGUUCACGUAAAUUACAGCCAUUGUAAUUUAUGCCACUCACUUUGUUUUUCAUCUCCUUUACAUAGUGUUGUUUUCCUCGGAAAUUGCAUUGAUUUAUCUCCGUUUGAUAUCAGUAAAAAGACAACGAAGUUAUCAGGAAACAGCACUGCUGUGCCCUUUAGUUUAUUUAACGAUAUUGUUAAUUGUUUAUAUUAA